UUGCUGAGGGGCUGGCAGAAGUUCGAGAGACGCCGUCGGUGUAAGCACAUAUCACACAAUGCAAGUGUAGUCUUCAGUCAGUCUUCAGACGUCUCAUUGGAGUUAGGCUGCCAUUUAACGUUGCUGCUUUCGAACUAUGACUGGAGUAUUCGACCGAAGGAUUCCGAGUUUCAAACCUGCCGACUUCCAGAACCCUUUUCAGGUUUCCACCACAAUGCACCACCCGUCUCAGGAAUCCCCUACGCUACCCGAGUCAACGGCCACGGAUUCUGGCUACUAUAGCCCGGCUGGAGCAGUGCACCAUGGCUAUUGUUCGCCUAAUUCCACCUCGUAUGGGAAACCUCUCAAUGCCUAUCAAUACCAGUACCACGGCGUAAACGGAUCUGCGGGAAAUUACCCUGCAAAAACAUACCCAGACUACAGCGCAUACACAGCCUCUGCUUACCACCAAUAUGCUGGAACUUAUAGCAGAGUACAACCAUUAAGUCCGCAGGAAAAAGAAGUAGCAGAACCUGAAGUGAGGAUGGUAAACGGAAAGCCCAAGAAAGUCAGAAAACCACGGACAAUCUACUCCAGUUUUCAGCUAGCUGCCCUGCAGCGGAGAUUUCAGAACACACAGUACCUCGCGCUGCCAGAGAGAGCAGAGCUCGCCGCUUCAUUGGGACUCACGCAAACGCAGGUCAAAAUCUGGUUCCAGAACAAAAGGUCGAAACUGAAGAAAAUUAUGAAGAAUGGUGAGCUUCCACCGGAACACAGUCCGAGCUCCAGCGACCCUAUGGCAUGCAACUCUCCGCAGUCCCCCGCCGUCUGGGACACGCAUGGCCCGUCCAGGCCUCACAGCCACCAGGCGCAGAACAUCAACUCCGCGGCCUCCACCUUUUUGGAAAACUCCGCGUCUUGGUACUCCACGGCUGGUGCCAUGAAUUCUCACCUCCAGGCCCCCAACUCGAUACAGCACUCUUUGGUUCUUGGAUCUGGGACGUUAUACUGAAACCCAGUUCAACAAAUAUUUACAUUGUAAGGGACUCGUGUUUAAAAUGUCCAGAGGAAUAUGCAAUGUAUUGAUGACAGUCAUAGAAGAACGUGUAUAAUGUGUAAAUGUGUGCAUGUAAUUUAUUGCAUUUUGGAAGACUAAUUAAACGUUUUAAAUUGACAAUGCAAUCCAGAGACUUUUAAUGGCGCCCUCCUGAAUUAUGACUUAGACAAAAACAAUUGCUGAUAGCCUACCAACAAGUCCUCCCUCAUGAUUAGGCUAUUCGCACUGAAAAUCAAUGACCCCGUAACAUUACAAAAUGUGCCCACAUUCUGAGACACUUUAAAUCCAUGUACAGAUCAAACUCGAGAUGAAUUGCCUGGGCUGUCUGUGUGACAUAUUUGGUCAGUUGUGCACAUUUGUGAUUGACUUUAAAUAUUAAUUUGGGGACAAAACUAUCAACAAGGAGAUUGGUAUACUGACCUUAAGCUAAAGGCCUACAAUUAGGCUAUUUUUCAUUUUCAACAAGCGCGGAAUUCUCAGGGGGAGUUACCUGCUGCUAUGCCAAAAGGUUAGGCUAGAUUUGUUCGUGUCAUGUCAUGUAGUUAUUCAUGUUUGGUACUACAACCUGUUUUAUGGUUAUGCGCAUAUUACAUGCCCAGAGUACAUUAUGCUUUGAGCGGAUCCAUAACGGACUAAAACAGAACCGUAGGUUACGAGUGUCUAUUGGUUUUGACGUCCAAUUCAAUGUGGAUGAAUUGAUUGCAGGUAUAGGCCUACUAUUGCAUUAUUAGAGUUGUCAAUGAUGUUCCUCUGAAAGACAAAUAUUCAAGGAAUGGUAUGCCAUUGUUACUACUUUAUUAAACAGUCAUAACAAAACA